AUGGCAUUCCUCAUCAAGAGCAUGGUCGGAAACCCUCUGAAGAACAUUGGUCUGGGUGGAGGAGAGGAGAAGACAGAGGAAGCAGCUCCGUCAGAUCCAGCAGCCGCUGCCGGGAUGACGCGUGAGGAGUACGAGGAGUACCAGAAGCAGCUUGUCGAGGAGAAAAUGCAAAGAGACGCAGACUUUUUGCACAAGAAAGCUGAACGUGCAACGCUGAGGACCUGUUUGAGAGAGAAGUACCGACUGCCCAAGAGCGAGCAGGACGAGAACAUGAUCCAGAUGGCGGGCGACGAUGUGGAUGUUCCCGAGGAGCUGCUGAAGAUGGUGGAUGAAGACGCCGAGGAGGAAGAGGAGAAGGACUCCAUCCUGGGCCAGAUACAGAACAUCCAGAACAUGGACAUGGACCAGAUCAAGGAGAAGGCCCAGGCCACGCUGACCGAGAUGAAGGCGAAGGCCGAGGAGAAGUGCUCUCUCAUGUGA